AUGGCAUCUAAGUUCAUCGUCCUCGCAGCCACUCUUGCUUUUGCAAGUGCUGGUGUGCUCGAACAUCCUGCUCCAGUGGCUGCCUAUGCUGCUGCUCCAGUACAUCAUGCUGCUCCAGUAGCUGUCCACUCCAAAACAGUCUACUCUUCAGCUCCAUCUGUAUCCACAGUUUAUACAUCCCAACCAGCUCCAGUUGUACACAAGGAGGUGCAGACUUAUGCUGCUGCUCCAGCUGUACAUUACGCCCAACCUGCUGUACAUUAUGCUCAACCUGCUCCAGUAGCUUAUGCUCAACCACAAUAUGUUCAACAACAAGUACAAUAUGCUCAACCAGCUGUAGUUGCUAAGGAAGUACAUGCUGCUCCAGUUGUUGCCAAGACUGUCCAUUACCAACAACCUGCUGUACAUUAUGCCCAGCCUGCUCCAGUAGCUUAUGCUCAACCAGCUGUAGUUACCAAGGAAUUGCACGCUGCUCCAGUCGUAACCAAGUACUCAUCAGCAGCAGCUGUUUCCUCAAGCUACUCCCAUGCUGUACAUCCUGCUCCAGUAACCAAAACUGUCUACGCUCAAGCUCCAGUUGUUAAGGAAGUACAUGCUGCUCCAGCUGUACACUACGCCCAACCUGCUCCAGUAGCUUAUGCUCAAGCUGCCCCAGUCGUAGCCAAGGCUGUCCACUAUGCUCAACCCGCUCCAGUAGCUUACGCCCAACCUGCUCCAGUUGCCUACGCUCAUGCUGCUCCAGCUGUAGAAGUACACUCUAAGACUGUGUAUGCUCAAGCUCCACAAGUUGUAACCAAGACUGUGCAUGCUGCUCCAGCUGUACACUACGCCCAAACUUAUGCUGCUCCAGCUGUAACCAAGACUGUGGUAUCUCACCAAGCUCCAGCUGUCCAUUACGCCCAAACCUACGCUGCUCCAGCAGUUGCUAAGACUGUGGUAUCUCACCAAGCUCCAGCUGUCCAUUAUGCUGCUCCAGCUGUCCAUUACGCUGCUCCAGCUGUAACCAAGGCUCUAGUCGCCCCCCCAGCUGUCCAUUACGCUGCUCCAGCUGCUGUAGCCAAGACAGUAGUUUCCUCCCCAGCUGUCCAUUACUCUGCUCCAGUUGUGAAGACCGCCGUCGCCUACAGCCCUGCAGCAGCCGUGUCUCACUCCACUUUCCACGGCGCCCACGCCCAAUACAACUGUUCUUUUCGCGGCCAACUGGUUGUAGUUCUUUUCGCUGCCGCUCUUGCCGUUGCAAGCGCUGGUGUGCUCGAAGCUCCUGCUCCAGUAGCUUAUGCUACUGCUCCAGCUGUUCACACAUACGCUGCUCCAGCUGUAGUAGCUCACUCAGCUCCAGUUGUACAAACUUAUGCUGCUCCAGCAGUUCACACCUACGCUGCUCCAGCAGUCCACACUUAUGCUGCUCCAGCUUUGAAAACCCUAGCCGUACCUACUGUCUCUAAAUCAGUCUCAAGCAGCUACACAGUUCACUCAGGAUCAGCAGUACAUGCUUACGCUGCUGCUCCAGCUGUUGUCGCUCAUUCUGCUCCAGCUGUAGUUGCACACUCUGCUCCAGUAGUACAAUCUUAUGCUGCUCCAGUAGUACAAUCCUAUGCUGCUCCAGUAGUGCAAUCUUAUGCUGCGCCAGCUGUCCACACCUAUGCCGCUCCUGCUUUGAAAACUGUAGCUUCUUAUGCUCCAGCUCAUGUGAGCUAUGCUGCUCCAGCAGUCGCCAAGACUGUCUACGCUUCUGCUCCAUCUGUAUCGAGCAGCUACUCUUCGACUGUGCACUCCACUCCAGUUGUACACAAAUAUGCUGCUCCAGCAGUAGUAACACACUCUGCUCCAGCAGUUGUAGCACACUCUGCUCCAGCAGUUGUAGCUCACUCUGCUCCAGCAGUUGUAGCACACUCUGCUCCAGCAGUACACAAAUAUGCUGAUCCAGCUGUUGUUGCUCACUCUGCUCCAGUAGUACAAACUUAUGCUGCUCCAGCUGUCCACACAUACGCUGCUCCAGCUUUGAAAACUUUCGCUGCUCCAGCUUUAAAGACUUUUGCUGCUCCAGCUGUUUAUUCUUCUGCUCCAGCUGUUUAUUCUUCUGCUCCAGUAGUCAGCGCUUAUGCUCCAGCUCAUGUACAAACCUAUGCUGCUCCAGCAGUCAAAACAGUUGCCUACGGACCUGCUCCAGCUUGGUAA